UUGUGCACACUUAUAAUCAAGUGCUUUUGUUUUAUUUUUGUUUGUGACAGACUAAUAUAACAUUUUCUCUUUAAAUAAAUUUACUUGGAGCAAAAGAGAACUUAUAAAUUCACUUUCAGAGGUCUGUCCAACUUUUACUAAUAUUACUUGUCCAUUGUUGGCCAUUAUGUCAUGCAGCCGUCUCGUGCUAUUAACUGCAGUUCAUACAGUAUUUCAAUUGGAAAUCAUAUUAAUCAGCAUACGGUAUAUUGAUUUUCAAGAAUCCUUUAGUGUGUACUUAACAUUUUUAGGGAUAUGAAUAAAAUAGCUCAAUGCAAGCGCGCGAGAAACAGCUAGGCUACCAAAAGCCGACCAGGAUGAACCAACGGAGCGAGCCCCUCCUGUUCUUCCUCAGGCUCCCAGACUUGAGGAGGCUGUGCUGUACCACCAUGUCUCUGGACAUGCAGUCCAACCACGGAGAUAUGAGAAACCUGCAGCUAAAGACCUGCAGAGCGAUAUUAUUCCAGUACCCAGAUGUCAUUGCCUCUCCUGUGAUGGAGUCUUUUGACAUUAUUGUUAUAAUGUCUAUUGAAUUUUUCAAGACUGGAGUAAUCCAAGCUCACGCACAGGCAUGUAUCAUGCAGAUGAGCACUCCGCACCGGGUCCUUCCAAGCUUACUGCAAGCCUGUUUGUCGUACACUGUGACUGCCAGACUGGCUCCGGACUGGAACAAGGCAGGACAGUUUCUCAUUAGAGGGAAAAAUUUUCUUUCCUCCUCUGGCAAGCUCAAUGCCAUUGUGAUGGAGCUCAGUACCAGGGAAGAUCAGCUGUGUGUCAGUGUAGGAUGCAGUACCGUAAGACUUCCACCGGCCACCCUGGAGGAGUUUGACAUCGCACCAAAUGUUCUGAGGAACUUCAGCAGUUGCAGGUCUGCUGUGAUCCAGACCUCCUCCAUAGCUAAUAAUUGGUGCUACAUACUGCCCAGUAUGAAGAAGGGUCAAAUUGUCAGCAUCAGCCACCAGAUGGCCCCUGAGUGCCCUUUCCAGACUUACUCUGACAUUCAGAAGCACUGGAGUACUUUGUACGGAUACGAACUCCCCCAGGAGGAGGAGGAGGGCCUGGUCUAUUGCAGUGUAUAUUUCAAAAUGGUGGGAGAGAAGCUCUUUACAUACCCUUUGAGCUGCAUCAGGACUCAGCCUGUCCAAAUCCUUCCCAGGGUUGACCUACAGGAGGCACUGAACUUCUUGCCAGACCUUCGAGGGAAACUCCAAAGCAUCUGUGGUUUUCCUGUCCAGAUGACCACCAAACCACUGUGCUACACCACCAGCUUGAUUUCACCUGGUUCACAGAAUUUUUGCACUAGGCCCCUCAAUCUGGCUGCCAAGACCAUCUGCAGACCAAUCCCCGCACACGCUCAUGGCAGUGACCCCCCGGGGGCCUCGUCUGAGGGAGGUCCAUUAAAACCUUCUCCCCAAGCUCCCAUUGCGCUGAUGGGCGAGUGCAGCCUGACCGGCAGAGAAGGAAAGGGGGUUCGGGGAAACAGAUUUUCCAUCGGAGCUGCUGACUUAAAUGCAGCGAACUGCCGAGCCCUCUUCUCUAGCUCCACAGUCACCCCUGUGACCUCACAGCCCUCGCAGAACCUUCAGAGGCUUCAGAACAGGGCUAAGAUGGUACCCGUCUUCAGAAAGGGGCAGGCUGCCGGGUCUCAAUCGGGCAACGAGGAGGGGAGGAGAGGAGAGAGACAUGCAUCCCCAGGGAACCUGAUUGCGUCUGGGGCCUCAUCGCUGUCGUCGCUGGGGCACGCCGGGGUCAGGGCAGGAGGUGCCUGUGGGGGGCCUUCUGGGGACUGGUUUGAAUGUAAACCCAAGAAACCAAAGUCCAGCAUUCAGGAUAUUGAUGUGGAAAAUUACGCGAGAAACAAUCAGCUAUCGAAGGUCAACGCAACGACCCUGCAAGCCUGGCUGAAGAGCAGAGGGAUAAGGGUGAGGUCAAGGGAGAAGAAGGAGGUGCUGAUCGCCAAGGUUUCUUGCUGCCUGAGUGAAUCGUAAUGUGCAGGAUGCUGUCCUGCGUUGUGCGCGUGUGCAUGUGGCCUGGCUCUUCUGGCUUCAAGCUUGUCGCCUGACUUUGACAGCUGAGCUAAACAAAGACGACACUACAGUUAUUUUAUUUUUCUGGGUUGGGAACAGGCCUAGAAAUUUGUUCUGUGUUCUUAAGUAUCAUUACUGCAAUACUCAUAUAUUUAGAAUACUAGCCUUAAAUACUCUUUGUAGAUAAUUCAUUUAAUGUUAGUUUUGAGGUUGGCAAGUAUUCUUGGGCACUACAGUAGCUGUGUGCAACCCACUAAUAUAGCUGGAGUAACUUUAUAUAUAAAUGUUCACUUGCCUGUUGUUACCUCUAGUUAAUACAUUAAAACAGCUAUUUGUGCUUUUUUUCCCAGUAUGAAUCAUCUGCAGGGUUAGUCGUAAGUUGCUUGGUUUCUGUCAUUGAACAGUUAAUGUCCUUCCAAUGAAAACAUUGUUGUUGUUUGGUCAAAGACUUGUUCAAGAUUCUUGUAUUGUGGUUUAAUGUCUUAUUUCUAUGGAGCUAUAAAACAAAUAUUGUAAUCUCCAUAAAGAAGUGAACCACUCCUAACAUCUAUAUAUAGCAGAUUAAUGCUGAUAAAUUUUGGUUUUGUUUCUCCAGUAAAAAGAUGUAACAUAA